UGCUCUCGGUACUGACAUAUGUGCGCAGGAUGCAACAUGUACAAAUACAGAAGGGGCAUUUAGCUGUACAUGUAAUAGCGGCUAUUCAGGAGAUGGUGUUACCUGUGAUGACGAUGACGAAUGUGCUCUCGGUACUGAUAACUGUGCGCAGGAUGCAACAUGUACAAAUACAGAAGGGGCAUUUAGCUGUACAUGUAAUAGCGGCUAUUCAGGAGAUGGUGUUACCUGUGAUGACGAUGACGAAUGUGUUCUCGGUACUGAUAAUUGUGCGCAGGAUGCAACAUGUACAAAUACAGAAGGGGCAUUUAGCUGUACAUGUAAUAGCGGCUAUUCAGGAGAUGGUGUUACCUGUGAUGACGAUGAAGAAUGUGCCCCUCGGUACUGAAAAACGUGCGCAGGAAUCAACAUGUACAAAUACAGAAGGGGCAUUUAGCUGUACAUGUAAUAGCGGCUAUUCAGGAGAUGGUGUUACCUGUGAUGACAAGACGAAUUUUGUUCUCGGUACUGAUAACUGUUCGCAGGAUGCAACAUGUACAAAUACAGAAGGGGCAUUUAGCUGUACAUGUAAUAGCGGCUAUUCAGGAGAUGGUGUUACCUGUGAUGAUGAUGACGAAUGUUCUCUCGGUACUGAUAACUGUGCGGAGGUUGCAACCUGUACAAAUACACAAGGGGCAUUUAGCUGUACGUGUAAUAGCGGCUAUUCAGGAGAUGGUGUUACCUGUGAUGUUGAUAGUAGCAACGAUACGAUGAUGUUGGUGAUAAUAUUGUCUUCGGUGGUUGUUGGUCUGACACUUGUUAUAAUCCUGCUGUUCAUUUGUUUCUGUCAAUACAGGAGAAAAAUCAAAGGAGCCGCCGAAACCAAUGACAAACCAGUCAAGGAAAAUAGAUUCAGAAAUCAUAAUGUCAUAGCGACAAACAUUCGUUCUACGGUACGGGAAGAAGAGUACGACACAAUAGUGGACGAAUCAGACACAAUAGAUGUUAAUGCAUUACGAGAAACUAAGAACAAAGAUGACGGUUAUCUAGACAUUGAUUUAGUUAACAGAAAUGACCUGAUGCAAACUUAUGAAAAAGGCGUAGUUAGAGAUCAGAUCAAUGAAUGCCUAGAUUUCAAUGCUGUUGGACAAGAUGAACAAGAUCUGCAAGAUGAAUAUGACUACCCAUAUAAAGGGCAUAAAGUAUCUGAAGGAGGUUAUGUGAAUGUCAAUGGAGUAAGGAGAACGUUGCCUGAAAUACCGAAGAACUCUUCAACCACUGGAAAAGAAGGAACAAGUGAUCCAUAUUCUGAAUUGAAACAUAAGAAAUUGCCUGAGCAUGUGUAUGAAAGAAUUGCUGAUAAGGAAGGAUAUCUGAAACCUCUCGGACUUGGAAAUAUGAAACCUGUCGGUCCUUGAUAUUUAGAGUGUGCAGGACCUCGACAUUUGCAUGUCUCGUUGUAGUUCAACAGAGUCGAAACAAUCAAAAAUAAAAAUUACACUUGUUAGCCGGUUUUUCCAACGCAAUCUUUUCCCAGUGACUUAAAUACACGUUACACGUUAGAAACUGCUUAUUUCUACAGUAAACCAUAUACUCUUAUAGUUAAUCUUUUUGUAAACAUCUGUAAAUUUGUCGAGAGCUAAAUAAAUAUUGCAAUGUAUGGAUC